CUAAAAGCGAACAGGAGGAACAAGGUUAAGCGGAGGAAACGCCUCGGGAGGUCAGCAAUACGAUGGUCUCGACCCGUUUUCGGCCUGCCGAACUCCAAAACGGACGCCCAGCUCGACCCCACUGGCCGCUCCGGGACGCCGAAAGCACCGACCACGGCGGGCAUGUGGAAACCGGUGGGCACCGGUGGAAUUGUUUUUCUUAGAUUCCCGAACCUGGGUGAAUCUCCGAAGAUCUCCGAACCUGGGGAAUAGACAUGAAUAGACUUCCCGAACCAGCCCUUACGGACCUCAUUUGACGGGAUCAGAGGACACCAGUAAGGAAACAUGAGGUCAAGGACUAAGUUUCACUUGGCCUGACUGGACUUGUCGGGCGACAGGUCGUUGUUGCACCUCCACGGUCCCACAAGGUGGAACGGGUCGAAUCAGGAUGUCUGGAAUUCAACAGGUCGAAGCUCCGAGACGACGACGUCCCUCUUUUGAGGGAGACGAUGGUUUUCGAGAUGUAUUGGGGGUGAGACGGUGCCAGCGUCAGAGGUGUUUGAUGGUAUUUGGGUUUGCUGGAGUUUGAAGAAAAGGUGUGGUCAUUGCAACUGACCCCAGAAGGGGGGGUUUGCCUAAAGCCAUCAGAAACCAUCCAUUCUGUCCAAUCAAUCCUGCUAAAACGUCGGAUUUGGGGUGUUUUUGUUGCUCCAACGGUGGGUGCUGUGUUUUCGCAGUAGCUCCAGGUCCGACGCCUCAAGUACUCCAUCCUCGCGAUGAUCUUCUUCGCCAUCGGUCGGGCGGCAUGCGCCGUGGCGCUGGGCGCGGUGUCCUUCGACUUCUUCACGUUGCUGAACAUCUUCCUGAGCAUCACCAUGGGCACCUUCAUGCUGAAGGAUGAUGAGCAUUUGCAGAGGUUCUACGAGUGCUUGGCCCAGACGAUUUGCCAAGUGUGUGCGGAUGCCGGUCAGGGAGGAAUGCAAUGCUUGAUCCCCUUUAUGAUCAUGACCCUGCUGAAUGUGUUGAUUGACUUCUUUCAGCGCAUGCCCUUCCUCUCCAUCAUGCCCUAUGGCCUUUUCCUCGCUGGAUCCGAGCUUUCGCAGGCCUGUGCGGUCUACUUUGCUUGCUCCAUCUACCAGCAGAUCCGUGUCCCGCCCGGUGGCAUGGAGAUGGGUUUGAGCGGCGGCUACAACUACGACCGGGUGCAGCGGAGCGACGCGCCGGCGCAGCAGGGCUUCCACGACGCGCGGGCGGAGAGCACGCAGCCGGGCCACUUCGCCAUCUUCCAGGGACAGGGCCAAAGAUUGGGCUCCUGAGAUGGGCGAGCGAAGCACCGAAGAAGGGGGUUGAAGCCACGGUGGGACGCCUAGGGCGGCUCGCCAUGUGGCAGACAUGAAGAUUGAAGAUUCGUUGCGGUUGCUGAUCACUUCCCUGGAAGUUGGCCUCAACCCAAGUUUUAGGUUUGUACGCAGGAAGUUAGAGCUGUGAGAGCCGCAGACGACGGCAGCAGCGCUAAACAGAUCCAAUUCGACAAUAGACCCUGAGUUCAACACAAGCGGCGCACGCGGAA